AGUUUAGGAACACAACACAAACAAAAAACAAACAAUGGACAACGGGAGAAGAACAACCAGACAUUCAGGAUAUGAUGCCAUGUCUAGUGGAUUUCAAGGAAAUACAAACCAGAGAUUCUUCAUUAGAAAAGCCAUUGCAGCACCUGCUCCAAUGCAUUAAACCGAGUCAAUAGCAGCACAGGAAGUUGUACCUAAUAGAAAGAGCUUGUUUAGAUAAUACAGAGAGAAAGACUGAAUGUUCUUGAAGUUUAUGGAUGUCUUGUUAAAUAUUUGUACUUUGCACUUAAAUACGUUCAUAUGUUAAUAUUAUUAGCUAUUCUGUCAUAUGUUUAAAUUACUAUUACAUUAUUAUUAUUAUUUUGUUUAACUUUUAAUUAUUACUGGACAACACAUGCAUAGCCUACAUUAUUUGUGUCUGGAAAAGCUUUAUUCACAGAAAUGUUGGCUACAGUAAUUCGUCGUGCCAAUAAAGCACAUGAAAUAGAAGAAUAAUUGAAAGAGAAAGUGAUGAAAGGAAAGUACUGACCAAACCUAACAAAAUACAGUUAAGUGGUCUCCAUUACGCCAUUAUUCCAUUAGAGAGAGAGAGAGAGAGAGAGACCUGCUAUCAUAACUCCGCCUCCGGCUUCAUCCAGGCUGCAUUCUUUACUCCUGUAGUCUUUACUCUGGAGAAAAGGGAAAAGAAGGGGAGGAGAAACACGCGCCGGUAGUGGGAUGGACGGGAAAGCAUGGAGUCCGCUCGCGCAUAUUUGAGCUGACAGAGGCGAGACAAGCGCAUCCCGACACGAGAGCUCUGAACACUUCACCGAUGAAUGAAUGACGGGUCGCUCUCCUUAGACGGCCCCCCAAAACCUCUGACCCCAUUCAUCAGCUUAAAUAACGACUGAACACUGAGUUCGGGAUAUUUGCGACUUUCUACAGCAUCUCAGCGGCGAUCUUAAGAUUUACCGAGCAUCUGGACGCGUCGCUGAGGAAGCCAUGGACACGGAAUCGUCCCAGUUAGGGAGUAACGGAGCGAAUGAAAGUGAGCUUCUACCGGUAGACUAUCCGGGAGGAGAGAUGCCAGCUUCUCUCGGUGAACGGAGAGGGUCCAGCGUGAAGAAACAUCACCACAAACACAACCUGAAGCACCGCUACGAGCUGUUCGAGACCCUCGGGAGAGGUACAUAUGGAAAAGUGAAAAAAGCCAUAGAGAGGCACACUGGACGAGUGGUGGCGAUUAAAUCCAUUCGUAAGGAGAAGAUUAAAGAUGAACAAGACAUGGUGCACAUCCGCAGAGAGAUCGAAAUCAUGUCUUCUCUCCGCCAUCCACACAUCAUCUCUAUAUACGAAGUUUUCGAGAAUAAGGAUAAGAUUGUGAUCGUGAUGGAAUAUGCCAGUAAGGGCGAGCUGUACGAUUACAUCAGUGAGCGCCGAAGGCUCAGUGAAAGGGAGACGAGACACUUCUUCAGACAGAUUGUCUCUGCUGUCCAUUAUUGCCACAAGAACGGAGUAGUACACCGAGAUCUCAAGCUGGAAAACAUUCUCCUGGACGAAAACGGUAACAUUAAGAUUGCAGAUUUUGGUUUGUCCAACCUCUACCACAAGGACAAGCUUCUUCAAACGUUCUGCGGCAGCCCGCUGUAUGCCUCCCCAGAGAUUGUGAACGGACGACCAUAUAGAGGCCCAGAGGUUGACAGUUGGGCGCUGGGCGUAUUACUCUACACUCUUGUGUACGGAACAAUGCCCUUCGACGGAGGAGACCACCAAAGACUCAUUCGUCAGAUCAGCAAUGGAGAGUACAGGGAACCGCCACAGUCAUCAGAUGCUCGUGGUUUGAUCCGCUGGAUGUUGAUGGUUAAUCCAGAGCGCAGGGCUACAAUUGAGGACAUUGCAAAUCACUGGUGGGUGAACUGGGGCUGGAAGACCAGUGUAUGUGACUGCCAAACACAAAGGGAAAACAGCUCCCCCAUGCUUGCCCGCUUCAUUGACUGGCAGAACCGCACCGAGGUCCGUCCUGGCAAAGCCCAGCGCCCAGAGUCUGGUACCAAUAAUGUCACUAAUACAGCCUUGACUCCAGCCCGACGUUUGAGAAAGUCCAUGAAGGAGAACGAUGUUGGAAUGUGGGGUGUUGCGGAGGAUAAGCCGGGCCUCAAGAGACCAAAGAGCAUCCUGAAGACUCGGUCAACCAGUGGAGACCAACGAUCUCAGAGUCUGUGUGAAUUAGAGCUCAGGCGGUCCAUUUGCUACCAAGACGUUGAGUCCGGCUCCAGUCCGGAGCGAGAGGACACUCUAGGUGGCUCGCCAGCCAAAAUUGUGUCCAUGUUACCUAAGAAAGGCAUUCUGAAAAACAAUCAGCAGCGCGAGUCUGGGUAUUACUCCUCACCAGAGCGCAGCGAGUCCUCCGAACUGUUAGGGGGCGCUACUGUACAGCCACCUAACAGCUCACCGCCCAAACGGUCUGUCGGGAGGAAAGGAAUACUGAAGCGUAAUGGGAAAUAUUCCACACACAGUGCUGUAGGAGUCCAUGGGGAGGUCCCGGCAGACUCAACCCUCUCACGGAGCCAAAGCAGACCCUCUAGCAUUGUGUUCGAGGAGACGGGUCUCUCCAGCAUGGGCUUGGACUGGCCGCCUGCCUCUCCGAAACCCAACAUCCGGGGCUCGCUGUCUGCUGAAGACUUGCUGCAGAUGGCUGGGUUUAGGGGCCUUCAGACCGUUGCACCCCUUCCCGGUGGAAAGGGUGCCCGCAGCCCUCCUGGCUCCCCUGGAGACAACGGCAGCUUCUCCUUGCUGGCCGAUCUGGAUGAUGUUACCCAGGUGUACCAGAAAGCCCUGGACAUCAGCAGCCAGCUGAGCUAGACUUGGACAAAAAGGCUGAAUAUAUACGGAGAGACUGGAAGAGUGAAUGAUUCCCAGCUUGUCCUCGUCACAGUGCUGCUAGGUAAAUGUUUACAGGUCGAGAAGCGGGACAUUUCAAAUCUCCAUUCACCAACUCGCGUUGAUGAGCAUUUCUCAUGAUAUACUCGUUUUAAACUCGACAGUUGAGGGGGAACAACAGAAGCACUUUAAAGCGGAGCUGUUCUCCGAGACGCAGCACGUAUGAGAGCUGGGACCGUGUUAUUUAAAAGUUAUUUAUCUGUCAUUUGUGUUUUGGCCAUUUGAAAAUGCCAAGGCCAUUUCACAGUCCUUGGGAGAGUGUUUUCAUCGAUACAGGUCAAAUUAUGAAAAGUGUUUGAUAAAGGCCAUUUGAACAUCUGUAUAAUAAAUUCUCAUUGUAAAAUACCAGCGAUUUCAGUGGAGUACAUGCACAACAGUCCAUCAUCAGUAAUGCUAAGACUUAAAAGAAAGUAAUGUUUUCAAGAAUUUGGAGGGAUUUGAGUUUAAUAUACAGAAAUAAUGGUAGCACUUUAUUUUGCAGUCCUGUUUCCCAUGUACAUACUAUGUACUUAUUAUAGUAAUUACAAUAACUGGGUAAUAACUAGGUACUAAUCCUGAACCUACCCUAAACCCAUGUAGUUACCUUAUAUUAGUACUUUCUUAGGUAAGUACACGUAAGUGCACGUACUGUAAAAUAAACUGCAACUGAAAUAAGAACAUUUUCUCUUUAUUAUUAUCUUUUGUAAACUGUUUUGACAACACUCACAAAAAGUACCAAAAGGUAUACGGUACUACCAUGGAGUUAAGAGUUAAUUUUGGCAGCCCUAAAAUACUACAUACAAGAAUAAAAAAUAACCAAAUAAACUGAAAAAAACUAAAAUGUGAAAAUUGAAAACAAAAUGGAAAAUUGUAUUUAUCAAAGUUAUAAUAAACCCGCCUUGGAGUAUAGUGUUAAUUUCAUUACUAUGCCAUAUCAGAGUACCAUGAUAUUAUCAUUUAAUGCCAUCACUGUACCAUGGUACUUACUAUUUUGUAAGAGAAGUUAGUGGAUGUUAUAGAGGGUACCAAAAACAUACUGAUCCCAGAGCUCAUUUUUAACUCAUUGUGACAGAGCCAUGCAAACGUUGACAUAUCUCUGAGAUCAGAUAGAGAGCAACUAGUGGAACAAAAACACAUGAAAGGUCAAAGGGCAAAGGUUAUGUCAGUGUUAUGAUACCAUACAUUCUCUCUUACAAGCACACACACACAAUGCUACUGCACACGGGCAAUUAUAUGAGCUCCCUGAAGCAUGAAAGUGUGGAAGGACAAACUUUGACCUAUGGUGUAAUUCUGGUCCAGAAAUGACCUGAAUUUCAACAACAUAUGCCAUUUAAGACAGGAAAAGAGAUGUCAGACUAUUCUUUUCAUGAGGUGGAGUGUUAAAAGACAUUAUGAAAACAAAGAUUAAGAAUGAAAAGGUUUCAUUUAAAAAAUGGGAAUCAAAAGGUCGUGUUUCGAACUGUAAAAUCUUCAGGAAGUAGUAUAUAUUGUGCAUGUGCAAUUGUUUUACUGUUCAGCAAGCCGAGAUAAACUGAAGAUACUAUGCCAUUUUUCCAGUAUUUUCUGUUUGUUUUUGGUAGUUUAAUUUCUACAAUUGCUCAAACGUGCUUAAUUUCAAAAUAUUGGUUGCAUGAGGCAUUUCUACUAUAGGUUAAGUGUGAACAACAGCUUUAAACUUUAAGUAUGUGCUUAAUAUUAAAAUCUUUGUUAAGAUAUACAAGGCAUUUCUGUAAACCUAAGCAUCAAUGUGGCAGUUUUAUAUGAAGUACAGUGUAACCAUUUAAAUAUAUAUAUGAAAUUAACUGGAAAAAGAAUUUUAUCCUAUAGGAUGUCUGUUAUUAUAGGCCAUUGAGAAAACUUGACUGGAUAUACUACAUAUUUAAAUUUUGCUAUUUAAUGCAUCUUGUAUUAUAUAUUGUACAUUGUCAUGGCUUUUUGUUAUUCUGUACUUUUUUUUUCAACUUUGACUUACGAUUGUCUUGAUUUGUGCCUUCAUUGACAUAAGAUUGUGCUGAUAAUGUUAAUUUUAUUCUCAGUUUAAAUAAUUUGCAGCAUUGUUUUUAAAGGUUUUAAAUAGGCAUCCAUGGAAAAGAAGAUUGUCUGUAUGGUUUGUUAUAAGCACAGUUAGGUGGUGUAUUAAACCGCACUGUGCUGUUUGUGCUCAGUGCAAAACAGUCACUUCUUCUAAUAAAUGUCUCGAUUUAAA